CAUGAUAAUAUUGUAGGCUAAUAUUAUUAUUACCAUGUUACUAUUUUUUUCGUUGGGUUAUUUAUAUUUUGUGACGACUGUCAACUUUUAACUUACGUUCCUUUUUUAUCUGACAAGUGACGAUUGACAAGAAUAUUGUUAAUUUUUUAGUAUCUAAAAUGUGUGUAACUAUUGCACAUUUUAAAAUGUCGAUAUUUAAAAUUGGAUUUUUAUUUCUCACAUUCGUAUCUUUAAUUCACUCACAAUCGAACAGUAUAGUAUAUCCAAUCAAUGCAGAAGAUACAAAAAAUUGUUGUUCUUUACUGGAAAGACAAUACUCAUUACCUCCAAUAUAUUGCUAUGCAGGAAACGAUAAAAGUUUACUUAAUGUUUUUCAAACAAUUACAGUAGAUUUAAUAAUUGAAAAAACUGAUGACUUCAUUGUAUACCAAGCAGCAGAUCAGUAUUUAGUUGAAGAACAAAUGCUAUCUGAUGAGACUAUAUUAUCUUUGAACAAAAUAAUAUCCUAUGUUUGGAAAAGGAAGUAUUUUAAAUUAGAUCCAUUUAAACCAUCUUGUUUCAGUAUAAAAACAAAUGCAGAUUUCAAAAUAAUAAUUCACUCUAUUGCAUUAGAUAUUAAAAGACUGGCAAUGUUUAUAGUUGGUAUUUUUCUAUUUGGAUAUUCUGCUCGAUUAAGCCAUAAUUCAUUGUUUUACUACUUAUGUGGAAUUACAGUAGGUGUAACUGCAUCAUUUGUGGUUAUAAUAUUACUCAUCAGUCGUUUAAUCCCUAAGAAAAGAUUGUUGGUGGGAUAUUUAGGAGCAAGUUGUAUGUUAAGUCUCUAUGCUAUUCAGAUGUUGGUAGAGAAUCUCAAUAUGAUAUUAAUAUUAUAUUAUAAGUAUAUAUUGGGAUAUAUUGUUUUCUCUAUGUUAGCCAGUUUUGUGGUUUGCUAUAGAUAUGGGCCAGUAACAAAUCCAAGGUCCAUCGACCUCAUAAGAUGGACAUUGCAGGUAAUUCUUGCUUGA